AAUCAAAAGUUGGCGUUCGUCGUGCGCAAAAACCGUUUGAAUAAAAACUGCACUAUAGGACACAACUAGACUUACCUUGUAAAUUAAAGUAGUCUAUUUAACACAAGAUCUUUUAAAUAUUCUUCAUUAAAUAGAUCUAUUAGUCAAAAGAUACAAUUUUAAGCAAAAUGUGUGACGAAGACGUUGCGGCUCUUGUCAUCGAUAAUGGAUCUGGAAUGUGUAAAGCUGGCUUUGCUGGGGACGAUGCACCAAGAGCUGUUUUUCCAUCCAUUGUUGGUAGGCCUCGUCACCAGGGUGUGAUGGUUGGUAUGGGUCAGAAAGACAGCUAUGUUGGUGAUGAGGCUCAGUCUAAGAGAGGUAUUCUCACCUUGAAAUACCCCAUUGAACAUGGCAUUGUCACAAACUGGGAUGACAUGGAGAAGAUCUGGCAUCAUACUUUCUACAAUGAGCUUAGAGUUGCCCCUGAAGAGCACCCAGUACUUCUCACAGAGGCACCUCUAAACCCUAAAGCCAACAGAGAAAAGAUGACCCAGAUCAUGUUUGAAACCUUUAAUUCACCAGCUAUGUAUGUAGCCAUCCAAGCUGUGCUCUCAUUGUACGCAUCUGGUCGCACCACAGGAAUUGUGCUAGAUUCAGGUGAUGGUGUAACUCACACUGUCCCUAUCUAUGAAGGUUAUGCUCUUCCUCAUGCUAUUAUGAGGUUAGAUUUGGCUGGUCGUGACCUCACAGAUUACUUGAUGAAAAUCCUCACUGAGAGGGGCUACAGCUUCACUACAACAGCUGAACGUGAAAUUGUCCGUGACAUCAAGGAAAAAUUAUGUUAUGUUGCUCUAGAUUUUGAACAGGAAAUGGGCACUGCUGCAUCUUCUUCCACACUAGAGAAAAGUUACGAGUUGCCAGAUGGGCAGGUGAUUACCAUUGGAAAUGAAAGAUUUCGCACUCCAGAGGCAAUGUUUCAACCAUCAUUUUUGGGAAUGGAAUCUGCAGGUGUACAUGAAACAACUUACAAUUCUAUCAUGAAGUGUGAUGUUGACAUUCGCAAAGAUCUUUAUGCAAAUACUGUAUUAUCUGGUGGGUCAACUAUGUAUCCAGGAAUAGCUGACCGUAUGCAAAAAGAAAUCACUGCUUUAGCACCAAGUACCAUGAAGAUUAAAAUUAUUGCGCCACCAGAAAGAAAAUACUCUGUCUGGAUUGGAGGCUCUAUUUUAGCUUCUUUGUCAACAUUCCAACAGAUGUGGAUCUCUAAACAGGAGUAUGAUGAGUCUGGACCAGCGAUUGUACACAGGAAAUGUUUCUGAGCCCAAGUUUUGAAGUGUAUGCAUAUUUGAUGUAUUAAAAAGAUAAAUUUGAGAACUUUGCUAUUGAACAAUCUCUCUUAAUUAAUGUAUGAAAUAAUAUACGAGAUAAUUUCUUGAUAUUAUUAUAUCUCAUUUGAAUGAUGUUCACAGUUUAGUGUUGAAAUAAAUUUCAUCAAUGUCA